CUUCAUUCAGUUUUGAGGUGAAAACCGAACCUGUUUGGAGAAUCUAAGGUUUCUGAUACCUUGUCUGCGCUGGAAAGCUCUCCGAAUGCCUCGGCACCCACCUGUUGAUAGCGCGUCACGUGGAAUCCCUCUCCGGUGCCGAUCAACCACCCGCAACCAACACUACUCGACAACCACCCUUUUGGCAGAUCUGACAGUGUCUGCCUUGACGCUUCACUGUCAUAUCGCGAUGGAGCCCUUAAACAAGGACUGCAGUCGAUUCCCAGCGGCUCUAUCUCAUCCGAGGAAACUGAAAGGACUGUAUGAAGAAUUUGUAACCAAAAAUUCCAGCUCCAUCAGCCAAAUCGAAUCCACCCUCCGAUCCUUGUCAUACAUCAUUCCAGGACGUUUUCGAGAAUCUGAGCUUGCUUCUGAGUCCCUUCAUUCUGGGGUUCAGCUUCUAUCGUUAUACCAUGAUUCCCUCGUUUCAAGAGUUAUUUCCCGGCUUCCUGCGACCAUUACCCGUCCUAACCCUACUCCACAUGCGCGAUAUACUAAAUAUUGGUCUUCGCGCUCCUCACUUUACCAACGGGUAGCCUUGACCUUACAGAUGAUUCAAUAUACAGAAUUACUCUGGGAAAUGAUAGCCCGCCGUCGUGGAGAAAAAAUCCGCUGGCGCGUGAUCGUUUUUAUCGAGGGCGUGAAGGCAUUAUGUCGAUUGAUAUUACUCCGUCUCACGAACUCUAGACCAUUGGUUUCUCCACCUUUACCGGAGAGGGAGGUAGAUCCAAGAAGCCCUGAGGAAGAAGAAGAGAGUAAUAACCUGUGGGAUGAUAAGUCGUCCCUUCAUAGCGAAAGCGGAUCAGCUUCAGACUUAAGUUGGACGAUGCCAAGGACAGGCCUAUCGCUACCGACUUUGCCGGAUGUUGGCGACAUUUCAAAUUAUCUGAUAUCUAGAGUCCUUACAGCCGAUGAUAUAAAGCCUCCGAAAAGUCUUCUUCAUCGAGUUACCGGGCAGGGCCAACUCGCUGAGGUGCUGUAUAUCAUUCGCCCACUGAUCUACGCGCUAGCCCUCCAGAAAUGGCGCAACAAUAAGAAGAGCUGGACUCCAUGGCUUAUUGGCUUUGGCAUGGAGUAUGGAUGCAGACAACUUGCGAAGAAGGAUUUCCGAGAAAGAGUUGCAGGCGGUUUACGGGCCUUGACGGCUCUAGAGAAGGAGGAGCUUCGGAAACGGGGUUGGGCAAUGGGCUGGUGGGUGAUGAGGGGAGCGUUUUAUGAAAAUAUUACGAAGGUUUGGCUGCAAAGUUUUGCUAAGAGACUAGAAGGCAAGCCAUUAAUUGGAUUGAUCGGAGGUAUUGUGGAAGACUACCAAUAUCUCUGGGAUACUUAUUACUUCCCAACAGCCACUCUCUGAUCCGAGAAUCUUUCCCUUUGUUAUUCAAGAGUCUGAGGUUUCAACUUCCUAGUUUAUGGCAAUUCCCCUUUUGUUUUGGUUUAUUAUAGAGAACGGGCUACGUGUGUAUUAUAGGGGAGCAUUACAAUGUGCGGGAUGCAUCAUUUCUUUUUCGUUUUAAUGAAGAGGCAAACCUAAAAGGGUUCCUCCGUUAUAAUUUGUCAUUAUAUCGCCAUUUUAAAGCGAUAGAGUAUUAAUGGGAUAUCAAAUUUUUUGAGCGUUUUCAAAAUAUCUCCUGAGGCCUUUGGCCGUACCAAUCUCGUAACUCGUCAUUUUCCUCAUUAUUCCCAGCCCUAGUUGCCGAAAUUGAAAAGAAAUUAGUUAACCGUUGCGC